UCUUCGUAAGUUUGGUUAUAGCUUGAACGAGUUGAACGGUCUAGAUGUGCAGAGAGGGGUCUAUCUGCUCCUCGUUUGCUUUGGCCUCUAGGAGCCCAGGAAUGGCAGCGUGGUGUGGAAGACCAAUUUAUCUCGCACUGGAGCCGCAGGUAGCCGCAUUUUACUCAGAAGUGCCUCCGGCAUUGCGAGGAUGCCCCAAGGUCACAAUUUUCUGCUUCUACUUUUUCCUGUUCACUCACGUUUGGAUCUCACAGACCAAACAGUCUAUAAAGAUGAAGAGCUCCAUGAACUUGGAUCAUUUUGAUGACAGGACCAAGCGUCGGCAGAUUCUCGUAGGCGUCGGGACAUUGUUGUUGAUCUCUCCCGACGUUGCCCGCGCCGAGAAAACUCCUGCAGGCUUCAAGGCAUCAUUGGACAAAAACGAUGGCUACGUAUUUUACUAUCCAUUCGGCUGGGAGGAAAUUGUUGUCAAAGGUCAGGAUGUAGUGUACAAAGACGUGAUUGAGCCACUGGAAAGCGUCAGUGUGAAUAUUGUGAAAACUGAGAAAACCGACAUUCACGAUUUUGGACCUCCCGAUAAGCUUUCGAAAACUCUAGUCGAGAAGUUCCUCACCUCACCGUCGCAAAAAACGCAAGUUAUUGAAGCCAAGGAGAGAGAAACCGAUGGCAAGCCAUACUACACGUUCGAGUUCCUUGCCAAGGACAAAACGUACACGCGACAUGCGCUGGCAGCAGUCACAGUUGCAAACGGCAAAUUCUACGCGCUCGUCACCGGAGCUAACGAGAGACGAUGGAACAAGAUGCGCGACCGGCUGCACAGCGUUGUCGACUCGUUCAGGCUCUUGGAAUACUGAGUGAGCCUUUCUUCUUUUGUUUG